CUGCUCCAACAACGCUUGGGCGGUGUGACCAGGCCUGAAGGAAGGAGGAGGGUGGGGGUGGUGGUGAUCCAGAUUCAGAACCUGAAGCUUGGGAAAAUGAGAUACUAUGCUUGCCUGUGUGGCCACAAAGAUAUAGUCACUUAUCUGCUAGAAAAUGGAGCUAAAUGUGAAGCCAAAACAUUUGACGGUGAACGUUGUCUAUAUGGCGCCCUCAGUGAUGAGAUUCGGGACAUUCUGAAAUCAUACAAAGCUGUGGUCACAGGUCAUGCAAGAAGGAAUUUCUUUCAGGAUUUCAUGAGAAGAUUACUUGAGAGCAGCUGCUACAGUGAUAUCAAGUUUGACAUACACAAUGAGACGUUUGAUGCCCAUCGCUGUAUCCUCCUAGCCCGCAGUGAUUACUUUGCAGAGAUGCUGGAGACAAGAUGGAAAAAUAAAAGUACCAUUCACAUCAAAUCAAGCUUGGUGAGACCGCAAGCCUUUAAAGGAGUACUGGAAUAUAUCUACACAGGAUACUUGAAGGUAAACAUUGGUGUAGUUGACGAUUGUCUGAGGUUUGCAAAACAGUGCGGCAUGACAUCACUCAUAGAGAAAAUCAACCUCAGAUUAAAAGAGAUAGAAAACUUUGUUCCAAACAAACCUGGUACCCAUAUUAACAUUGUGAGUGUUGAACCUUCACCUCAUGACAUUACGGUACAAGAUGAUCUAAACCAGCUGGCUCAGAUGGCAUUCCCUGUUGAGAAGAGGGAUCCACUUGCACAAGGAGUGUUUCCUUUCUGUGGAGGUUUAUCACCUGCUCCUCCAUACACUGAUGUUUGCUUCGAAGUAGAAGGAGACAAAUUCUUUUGCCAUAAAAUGUUUUUCACAGAAAGGAGUGACUACUUCAAAGCUUUGUUUGCUGAUCAUUUUAGCGAGGUAUCGCUAGAUGAAGACUCUAUUCCUGUCAUCAAACUCAGUGAGAUAUCAUCAGAAGUCUUCAUGCAAGUCAUCAACUAUCUCUACUCACACAGUGUCAAUCUAACUGAAGAUCUAUGUUAUGAGAUACUAGUGGUUGCUGACCUUUACCUAUUGCCAGGCCUUAAAACGUUAUGUGCCAAUAAGAUUGCAUCUCAACUGACAGAGGAGAAUGUCUUUCAAGUUCUAAGGGUUUCGAGGAUGUUUAAUCUAGUCAAGCUAGAGGAUCAGUGUGUAGAGUUCAUCAGUAGAAUAUUUGAUGAGAUAUCUGACUAUGCAGAGUUUAUUGAGCUUGUCAAAGAGGAUGCUGCUAGUGUUGAGGAUCGUGAGGAGAUUGACAGCAUUCCCAUCGUAGAUGAUCUUCGCUUCCACCUUACCAAUAACCUUCAGACUUACAGCGAACUUCAAGAGGCCCAGAUGAAGCUUAGUUGUUUAGAUCAUCUUCUUCAAGAACUGGGGCUAGAGAGUUAGGUUAGACAAACAUUACUGUUGUCAUGAAAACAGUGCCUAUGCUUUUAAUUUUUAAUAUUUAUUGUAAUAUCUUUUCAAGGAGCUGAAUUUUCUAGAAUUGAGUUUUCUAGAAUGUGGAUUAAACUUUAAUUAAUUUUCAUUAAUUUAAACCCUCCUGUUUUUUUACAAAUCAAUUCAAUAAAAUUGAACAGUCUAGAUUUUUUCUUUGCAGAAAAAAGCUUGUGGUUGAUAUUAUAUCUAUUAGUGAUAAGUAUCAGAUACUUAUCUAUAAAAAUAUAUAUCUAUUUAUUAUAUAAAAAACAAAGGAACUUUAUCCCCCCCCCCUUUCACCAUGGCCAGAUAUUUCACGAGAUUAACUUGCAGUAGAUUACUGUGAAUGGGCAGAAGUUAAGUUAUCUGUAGAAUUGUAGUAGAUUUAGAUCUACAUUUUUGUGCAGCUGCUUGCGUAAAUUUUGCUGCUCUACCAGUAUAUGGUAAUAGGGCUGCUGUGUAAAGUAUAUGGGUGAGUGAUAUGCAAUGAGGAAGCUUACCUACUUAGUAUUUGAAAUAUAUUGCAAGAGUACUUGGUGCUCUUUGAAUAAAUAUCUCAAGAUAAUGAACUUGAAACUUAUCUCUGAAAAUACUUUCUCUCUCUCUCUCUUCAUUUUUCAGCAUUGUGGUUAUUUGUUUUGCAAUUAUUUUUUUAUUACUUGCCAUUUUGAAAAUGUAUCAUUUUUUCAUGAUCUGUUGAUUUCCUAUCCAGAAUUUUGACUUCUUAAGUGGUAUUUGGUGAGUCAGUCUCAUCACCAUACACAAUGUAUGGUAUGGACAGUCAUAACAAAAACCCAGUGUUUUCAUGUCUUAUUUUAUCAUGUCUUAUUUUUAUCUAUGAAUUUUUCAUAUGGGCAAUUUGAAAACUGAACAGAGGAUUGGAAUCACUAAAAGCUUACUUUUUGUAGAUGAUAUCAGUAAUAUAUUUUAUUGAUAUAACAUCUAUGAUUAUUGAUUACUGAAAUAUUUAUUGCACUUUUAACAUAAUAUAUUUAUUUGAAAAUAUAAUACCAUUAUAGUGCUAAUGUGAUGACCCAAAGGGAUAGUAAUUUCAAAAAUAUAUAAGCCAUAUUGCAUUGAAAGUUAUCUGGAUGCUGGUAAUGAUGAUGAUGUUGAUGAUGAUGUUUGUGAUAACAAUAAUAGUAGUGGUAAUAAUGCAAAUAAUAUUACCCAUCAAUUUAUUUGUAUGGCACCACAUGUACUGACUGCAGUGUUAUAUUUUCUCAGUUUCAUAAUUGGUGGUUGUAUUUAUUCAUUGGAAUUUUUAUUUCAUUUCAAGUCUUUAUUUUUUUUAAAUUUUGAAUAUCAUUAUAAAACACUAACAUCAACAUGUAUUUAUUUUUUCAAAUUAAACCUCCACAAGUUACCAAAUUAUUUUAUUACAAUGCUGUUACAGAUUCACUAUAGAAGUAUCCAUCACUUUAAGAGAUGUGACAAUUCAUCUUAUUUCAGCCCAUUUGUAACAUCUUUUAAUACAGUCUUAAGUACUGUUUUUCUAAAAUGUAAAUUCUGUGUUUCUUGGUGACAUGCUCAAAACACAGACAAUUACCGGCUCAAGUGCUGACAUUUCCAUUGUGAAACUGAAGUAUUGUGAAAAUUUUCAACAACAAACAAGUUUAAUCCAGAUUUUUCUGUGAAAUGACUUUAUAAAAUAUGUUUGGCACUUAUGCCCCUGAGCAAGUCAUUUUAUGUCCAUUGCCUUUUCUUUCAAAUGGUUAUGCAUAUACAUGUAUAUAUAUUCAAAUUUGCUUGGGGUAGAGCGGUAUUAACAUCCCACUACAUUGAACAAAUUUAUAUGCCAUAGAAUUAUUUCAGAUUAUUAAUUUUCAUGAGGCUCCCGAUUGUGCAUGUAGUUUUACUUUCCAUUGAUGUUGACGACUCAAUUAUUUCCUUUCAGUUCUCUUAGCUGAAUAGUUUUAGAAGAUCAAGAUCAUUCCUUUUUUUCUUAUUGAUAAUUCAUUUGUUUAUUUUGGAAAAUUUUAAGAUCCAUUGUAGUUUUCUGUUGAUCAGUUAAAAGUGUCUUUUAUUUCAUUCAGCUUUUCUGUCUCCAAAGUGAAUACCUCAAUCUUAGACAUUCCCAUUGCAAAGUUUAAACGUGGUUUAACAUGAAAAGUUUUUGCUAAGAUUCCUUAUUAGUUUCUUUGAUGUCACAGACAAUUCAUAAGCAGUCAUCCUCCACAAUGAAUAUUGCAGAUUUUUAAAAAAAAUUUAUGAUAUCUAUUCUGAUAUAGGUCAGACCAUGUACCUUGAGGGGGUUAAAAUCUUUAUAAAAAAUGGAUACUGCUUUAUAUCAUUUUAAAAAAAUUGGUGGAAUGAAUUUGAGUAGGUUUUCCAUAUCUAGAUAUUUAGGAAAUCGGUCAUUGAUUUUCACCAACGGUAAUAUGAUAAAUUGAUUUUCCCUCAUGAAAGAUAGUCAGGCAAUGCGUGAGACAGUUUGCACUGAAGGAGAAAAAGUUGGUUGAAAUGUUCAUGUCCUUUUUCUUGGACCUUGGUGAGUUUGGUUUGAGGUGUUUACUACCUGCAGUCACCCAUUUAUUACAAUGUAUAGCUUGUUUUUAUUGAUUGAAACAUUAAUCCCCAUUGAUUUUAUGUCUUAAUAUGUGAUACAGAUACUUGUAUAUCAUCUUUUAUUUGAUUGGUUGAUAUGUGCUUGUGGGCCAUCUAUGAUUAUUUUCAUGGAGACUUGCCAUUGAUAGGCAACCUUUAUGGAAUGAGGUCCAAGGAUACAAUUUCUCACUUUUCAUUAAUGACCAUUUAUAAUUGAUUGCAAUUUUCAAAUAUGAUAUAGUAAAUGUAUAUUAGAAAUAAAUGAAUACUUAUUAAAAAGCGAGUGCUUUAUAGCUAUUAAAGACAUUGAAGAGAGAACUAUUAAUGAAAAGGAAUAGAAUGAUUGUAUCCAUUAAACUGUAGUAAAAGGGUUUCCUGAGUGAAUGUGAAGAAUGUAAAUACAUUUUCAUCAACAUAUCAGAAAAUUCAUACUAUUCAUGCAAGUUUUGCCUGUUGGUGUUUAUUGAGUUAACAUAAAAAGUUGUUCCAUUCUUUAUUAUUGAUGAUAAAACUUUGUAGUAAAGGUACACUUAAAUACGUAUGCACAGAGAUGGGGAAAGGCACAUCUGCAUCCUCACUUGGUGCACUUUCAAUAUAAUCUGUCAAUCACUCUCAGACUGUAAUUAAAAUAUUCCCCAAGGGUUUAUGAUCCAUGUUGUUUCACUAUCUUUUCAAAUAAUAUUUAAUAUACUAUGUACUUCUCAGUUAGCUACACAUCCCUUGCCCUAAUCCCAAUGGUAUAUUCUGUGGCUAAUGGGUUGAAACAAUACAAGGAAUAUUUAUGAAAAGGAAUCAUUAACAAAUACUGUACAUGUCAUUUUCAUUUUGGAAAAGUAAUCUCAAUUUUUAAUCAUACACGCAUGUUUAUAUAAAUUUCUACUUCAGUUGAUGUACCAAGUACUACCAAGUCCAUUUUAUGUUAUUGUAUAUCGGAUAUCCUAUGUUAUUGUAUAUCGGAUAUCAUGUAAAUAUAGGCCUAUAUUUUUUUCAUUUUAGGGAGUGAGUUCUAUGCAGUCUAUUUUGAUAAAAAAAUUCUCUUGGAUAGUUAAGGAUUGACCGUGUCUUUUAAAAGCUCUAAUAGGCAAAUUUUUUAUAUGAAAAAAUAAUUGCAUUCUGUAUAUUACUGUAAUCUCCCGAAUCAUUUUGUGAAAGCAAAGUAUAACAUUUAAUGUUUAUUAUGAAAUGGUUGUAGGGAUCCUAUUAAAAUGAUUGGCUUCAUCAUUUCCACUGUUACAUAUGGAAGAUGCAUUUUUUUCCAAGCAAGCAUUUAUUAGGAAAGUUGAUUUUGCAUGCUGCUACGCAUCUUGGUUUCAGAAUUGCUGUUGCGAUAUACCAACCAAUUGCAAAUGUGAGUAAUAUUGUGAUAAAAUUUAUAAUACGAGUUCAUGUAUGAUAUUGAGGAUUUUUAAGAUAUAUGGUGUAUUAUCCUAUUUGAUUUGAUCUAAGAAGAAGCACUUCCAUAUUGAUUAAUUCAGAAAAACAUCCUGAAAUACAAAUCUGAUAGAUUUGUGAGUGAUUUGGUGUCCAAGUGAAAGAGAUAUAACAUGUUCAUCUAUCCCUUUGGAACAAGGACUAGAGACAUCCAAAGCUUCAGCAUGAAAAUUGUUGAAUGCAAUAAUUUUUUAUGUUUGAAGUUCAGUGUGAAUAAAUCUUGAGCAGAGGUUAAUCUUAAAUUCUGGAUGUCCCUAAAUAUGAGAUACAGUAUAUCAUUAAUGGUUCUUGUUUCAUAUUCAGUAAGGAAUCUCUACAUGACAGAGCUGAAAAUCUUACUACUUGGGGAGUUUCAUAAAGCUGUUCGAAAGUUAAGAGUGACAUUGAGAACGAAUGGUGUUAAUUAUUUAUGGUACAUGAUAUUCACCAUUAAAUGUUCGUUGGUGAUUAUUUAAUGCAUAAGGGUUACCAUUCUUACCUAAAUUCACUCUUAAAUUACGAACAGCUUUAUGAAACACGUACCAGUUGAGAUCCACAGGAUUAGUAGAAACCAGAAAUUUGCGAUCGUUAGCUUUUGCAUAAUGCAAUCUUAUGCCCACCUACAAGUUCCAGUCCACUGUGCACCAUAUCUUUGUUCAUCAGAGUACAUAAAAUAUGACCAUGAUUAUGUUUGGCAAUGCCGUUUCAUGAAGUACCUUUACUUUAACAAAUGGGAAUGUAAUGAUUUUUGUAGUUGCUUUGUACUUUGAUUUGCUGACUUUUAGACUUACAGAACUCAGAACCUAUCCUUUUUCAGCAUCUGUGUGAAUAGAGAUAUGGGAGCCAUGGGGUCUUCAUGUGUUCUUGAAUAGAUAAUUGGUGCUCUUUAAAUGCUGUUUCAUAUUACAUUAUCUUCAAGUUAUUUAGCCUAACACAUCAAAUAAUGCUGCAUACAUUUGUUUCCUGCAUGAAGUGCUGCACCCCCCCCCCAUUCUUCAGCUUAGUUUGCUCAGUAGUUUUAUGGGCUACUUGUUUGAAUCUUGUGUUUUAAUUUAUGAUACCCGAUUCAAUAAUCAUAAUCUUUUCACUACAUUAUAUGGCUACAUCUUCACAUGAAAUGCAUAAUAUGGCCAUAUCUUCUCAUAAAGAGCAUUUUGACUAUUUUCUAAAAAACCUCUUUUAACAACCCUUGAAUGGACUGUAAACAUGUUUGUGUGCUAGAAUUGAUGGGCUUUUUGCUGCUAAAGCAGGAAACUGAAAGAGGGAUCAUUGACACUCCCAACUCUCAUAAAACUAUCCUUUUGUUCGAGGUAAAUGUGUAUUAAAGUUAAUAUGUAUUGUUGGAGAUGCAUUGUAUGAAUACGACAGCGUGUGUCGUUUUUUUUCUUCAAAAAUUCAAUCAAGGUCCAUGUUGCAACAAAGAGCAAUUGUUUUUUACGACAUUUAAUGCAGUUUUGGAAUAUGUAUAAAUGUUUAAAGCAGUUACGUACUGAAAAACUUUUUAGUAAACCAUUACAUGUAUUUAUAUGAAAACCAGUCAUUUUUUUUUUACUUAGUCUCAUCAACUUCCAUGUAGUUUUAGACACAAUAUUUUUGUAUAUUUCUUGUAAAUUCAUAGGGCAAGUACAUGGAGCAAUAAAUCAAUAUUUGUGUUUAUGAAUUUGAAAGAAAAACUGACACUUGUUUUGAAUGAAAUUAAAAUAUAUAUAUAUUGAUGUAUAUGUGUAGCACAAAACAGAAAACUGUGAGAAGGGAAAUAAUAAUUUUACAAUUAAAACGAGUUUAUUAUUCAAAACAUGUAUUGUGAUAAAACUGGCAUUAGAAGUGCAACAUUUAUAGUAAUAUUAUUAAGGAUAAAGCAUUUUAAUGAGAUGGUAAUAUCAAUUCAAAUCUCACUUAAAUAUUGUGGUGGAAAGCAUCAACUCUCCUUAUUGCAUAGAGCUCUCAGAGAUAUCAACUAUUGAUAUUAACAUUUAGGGUCAUUUUGUUGGGGCAUAUAAUUCAGGUA